UGUUCGCCAGUCCCAAUCCCAUCGCCCACGGCAAAAAGCUAUAAACCUACGCCUCUGGCUCCUCUGGCUCUACGCCUCUACCUCUUCAGCUCUCCUGUAUCUUCCUCCUCUGCUCCUUGCCUCCUCAUCGUCCUCCUCUUCCGCAGUUCUGCUUCACCGUCUUCACCUUCGUCGUGAUCAACAAGGGCGUCGGCGAGCGGGCGAGGUCAUCUCCGGCCGGCCACCGGGGUUACAACUUACAAGGAGUACCGCCGACCAUGGCUAGUCCUCAGUCCUCACCUCAUCGUCCUCCUCUUCUGCUUCUGUGCUUCACCGCACCGUCUUCGCCUUCGUCGUGAGUCCACUCUGUACCAUAAAUUCUAAAUCCCUAAUCCUGUUACAUAUUGGAAAUGGAAGAUCUCUCCGUGGAUUUAGAUCUUGUCUCGUUGGAAAAUGGAAAGCUGAUGUGUUUGGAGUAUAGCUUAGAGCCUCAGAUCGUUCGAGCUUUAGCUUUCUUGAUGGUUUUGUUCGGAAAUAUUUUUUUUGCUUUGGAGAGCCCAUGUGAGGCAUUUUAAUACUCGUUCUCCUGGGAGAGAGAGCUCAGAGAGGUGGGUAGCUGUUGGGAAAGUUUAUUCAUAGAAAAAUAAAUGGCAUUUAUCUCGCAUGAUAUACAAUGCUCUCUCUCUCUCUCCCUUUCGCCGAGAGCAGAGGACAACAGUCGAAUAUCCCUCUCUCUUGGGGGGCUCCAUCCACAAUGAAAAAAAAUGGUGAUAGAUCUGUUCCUCCACUCUCUUCUCCCUUCUCGCCCUUGGACCGUUGUUUUCUUUCUAUUUUUUUAGCGUUUUCGGUCGUAUUUUUCUUCCUUGAGAACUCUUUUAAUCUUCUCUUUUUUUUUUUUUUUUUUUUUUUUUUUGGUACAACGGCGGCUCACACCCUACGGGUGUGGAUACGGCCUGCAAAAUCUGAAGCAAGUAAAGCUGAAAGGGAUUCCGGCACUGUGUCGGAAUCCCUCAAGAUAAAAUCCCCGGUGUGAUGAGCCGCAUAGGAAGCGACCCAAUCAGCUGCACAAUUCGCUUCCCUGUAAACAUGUGUAGCCUGGAAGGUAUCACACGCCUGCAGAAGUCUGCGAACGUCCAGAAGCAGCGGUCUGCCCUCACCUGCACGAUCUCGCUUCCCUAGCGUCGAGGUUGUGAAUCCAAAGGCGUACCCUUUGGCCGAUGCUCAGCUGAUGAUAACCAUACUGUAUCUCCGAUCUCGUCCAGCAAGCAGCGAACUAAAAGCAGCUCAAGAAGAAAACUAAUGAAGUGACGAAGACUCUGAACAGGGGCAUCUCCGAGUUUGUUGUGAUGGCGGUGGAUACAGAGCCACUUGAAAUUCUUCUACAUCUUCCUCUGCUUGCACAGGAUAAGAAUAUGCAGACGAAGCUGCUAUGAUACCCAAAAAUACAUCAGUAUUGAUUUGUCGCAUCCCAGGACGGCCAUGGAAGCCCAUUGUUACGGAACGAGAUGAGACAAAAGUUGUAGAGGAUAAGUUAGAAGAUCUUCCACCAGCAAGUAACACUUUGGUUGGCGACCCAUCUACCAUGAAAUAUCCUGAAGAAUCUGAAUGGGAUGAGUUUGGUAAUGAUUUGUAUGCUAUUCCAGAAGUCCUUCCUGCUCAGUCAAGCUGUUCAGUGGUAGAUGUUUCUCCUGCAAAUAAGGUUGAUGAGGAUAGCAAGAUUAAGGCUUUAAUUGACACACCUGCCCUUGACUGGAAUCAUCAAACACAAGAAGGUUAUGGUGCUGGAAGAGGCUUUGGUAGGGGAAUGGGUGGGAGGAUGAUGGCUGGUCGUGGUUUUGGCCGAGGUGGGCUGGAGCGAAGGACACCUCCAGCAGGCUAUGUUUGUCAUAGAUGCAAAGUGCCAGGUAAUUUUAUCCAGCACUGCCCCACAAAUGGUGAUCCAAGUUAUGAUGUUAAAAGGGUGAGACCCCCAACUGGCAUUCCUAAAUCAAUGUUAAUGGCAACUCCUGAUGGUUCCUAUGCAUUGCCUGGUGGUGCUGUUGCUGUUCUUAAGCCAAAUGAGGAUCUGUCCGAUUUAGGCAUCGUGGGUAUGAACCAGGGGCAUGGAUAUUUGACCAGGUAAGAAUUUGAGGCUAAGAAAGCUGAUCUAAGAUGGAAGCGUGACAAGGUAGAAGGGUUUUUGCCCUCUUCCUUCUGAAGGUCCUUCAUCGGUUGAAGAAACCCGGGUCCGGCUGCUGGCAAUGGAAAACGGAGAAGACAGAGACAAGUUAUUAGAGCUUUACGAGAUCCUUCACCUUCAUCUGGCGAAUGUCCGGCUGGUAGAUGCUGACAAAAUCUAUGAGGCGUUCCUCUACAAGAAAAAUAGAGCAGAAACAGUAAUUAUCUGUUUCUGCUCUGUUUUUCUUGUAGAGGAAUGCCUCAUAGAUUUUGUCAGCAUCUAUCAGCCGGACAUUCGCCAGAUGAAGGUGAAGGAUCUCGUAAAGCUCUAAUAAUUUGUCUCUAUCUUCUCCGUUUUUCAUUGUCAGCAGUCGGAUCCGGAUUUCUUCAACCGAUAAAGGACCUUCAUGUUCAAAGAGCAGAAGUACAAUUGAAGCGAACGCGAGACGAGGGGCGGAGACGCGUGAUGGCUCGGAUCACACGCGGACGAAGGAUGGAGAGCCAGAGGGGCUUCGGAGUGGUCGUGGGGAAAUGGGAGCGAUGUGUGAUGGCCCGUAGUCCGCGUCGACGUGGGGGAAAAGGGCACUGAUGGAUUCCGAAGCAGAGGGGGGACGUGAUAGGGUGUGAUGGACGAUGGCUCGCCUUGUACGGGAGUAAUUAAGUGGAAGGGGGAGUGCGGGGAGUUUUUGUCUUUGUUCUGUUGGUUAACUUGUAUUGGGUUUCUCUCACCCGAAGAGGGAACUGUAUCUUUGCUAUUUUGCAUGGCUUCUCUUCUCUUUGGGAAGAGCCACUGAAUAUCAUUUCCUUUCCCCUAUCUUUGUUGGUUUCUUCUCUGGUUGGGACCUACCACCCUUUUCUUGACAUUUUUAAUAAUGAGUUAAAACUGCAAGAGCUUCAGAGUUCA